GGAGGAGGAAGGAGACCCCAAGGGGAGGCUCUGAGAGGGAGGACACACCCAGGUCACCUGUACCUGGGGGGGCACCAGGUUUGUCAUGGACACAAGCACCAGGCUCCCAGGAAGAGGCAGUUCCCCUUUCUGUGGGGCUGCGGACGUGACAGCCCAGUGACAGGGACCAGCCUCCGAGGGGCCACACCCUGGGCCCUGUCUGUCCUGAGGGCGCCGGGCUCUCCUCCAGCUGCACAGCCUGGACCACGGGGAGGAGACGCCAUGACCCCCACGCUCCCAGCCCUGCUCUGCCUUGGGCUGAGUGUGAGCCUGGGGACCCAGGUGCAGGCAGGGGCCCUCCCCAAACCCACCCUCUGGGCUGAGCCGGGCCCUGUGGUCCCGUGGUAUAGCCCUGUAACCAUCUGGUGUCAGGGGACCCUGGGGGCCCAGGAGUUCCAUCUGGAUAAAGAGGGAAGCCAAACUCUCUGGUACCGACUGAGCCCUAUGGAGGCUGGGGACAAGGCCAAGUUCUCCAUUCAACACAUGACCCAGGCCUACGCAGGGAGGUACCGCUGUUACUAUAUCAGCCCCACUGGCAGGUCAGAGCCCAGUGACACCCUGGAGCUGGUGGUGACAGGAGCCCACAGCAAACCCGCCCUCUCAGCCCUGCCCAGCCCUGUGGUGGCCUCAGGAGGGAACGUGACCCUCCAGUGUGGCUCACAGGACAGAUAUGACAGGUUCAUCCUGACUAAGGAAGGAGAACACAAGUCCUCCUGGACUCUGGACACACAGCAACACCCUAAUAGGCAGACCCGGGCCCUGUUCCCUAUGGGCCCUGUGACCCCCAGCCACAGGGGGACAUUCAGAUGCUAUGGCUCUUUCAGAGACAAACCCCAGGUGUGGUCAGAACCCAGUGACCCCCUGGAGCUCCUGGUGUCAGGGGGCUCUGGGAAGCCCUCCCUCCUAACCCCGCAGGGCCCUGUCAUGGUCUCUGGACAGAGCCUGACCCUCCAGUGUCGCUCUGCCAUCAGCUAUGACAGGUUCGCUCUGGCCAAGGAGGGGGAACAGUACCUCAGCCAGCGCCCUGCCCGGCAGCCCCAGGCUGGGCUCUCUCAGGCCCACUUCCCCCUGGGCCAGGUGAGCGGCCUCCAUGGGGGCCGGUACAGAUGCUACGGUGGACACAACCUCUCCUCCCUGUGGUCGGCCCCCAGUGACCCCCUGGACAUCCUGGUGGCAGGAUGGUUCCCUGCCACACCCUCCCUCUCGGUGCAGCCGGGCCCCUCGGUGGCCGCAGGACAGAACAUGACACUGCUGUGUCGGUCAUGGAGUCCGAUGGACACUUUCCUUCUGUCCAAGGAGGGGGCGGCCCACCCCCCGCUGCGUCUUAGGUCACAGCAUCGAGCUGGGCAGAACCAGGCCCAAUUCUCCAUGGGUCCUGUGACCUCGGCCCACGGGGGCACCUACAGGUGCUACGGCUCACGCAGCAGGGACCCCUACCUACUGUCACAGCCCAGUCACCCCCUGGAGCUCGUGAUCUCAGGACCAGCAGACACCAUCCACCCACCACAAAACCAGCCAGAUCCCACGAGUGCCUCUCCCCCACAAGACUACACAGUGGGGAACCUCGUCCGGAUGGCCGCGGCUGCCCUGAUCCUGCUGGGCCUCGGGAUUCUGCUCUUCCAGGCUCGACACGGCCAUGGAGGAACCCAGGAUGCAGCCAGGAGCUGAGCACAGAGGCCACAGGGCACCAUCCGGAGGGCACAGCCUUGGCAAUGACCUGAUGGGCCCAGGAGGUUCUGGAAGAGAAUCCGCAGUGUUGUGAAAACUGCCUGCUGAGACCAUGGAGGGAGAAACGGGGUGUGGGUGUGGGGGGAGGACUGGGGAGUCCCCGUACAGGGCUCUGCCUCUGUUAAACCGAGGUGCUCUCCUCCUCCACGGAUGCCUCUCCCUGAUGGCCUGUCUUCUCUCACCUGGGACAUGAGGUGCAGCCCAUAUGGCAGGUGUGUGCCCAAACCUGAAACACCUGCGUGCUCUGGUUCAAUUUCAUGGGGGAUAUUUGUCUUUUAAUUUAAUUCCACAUUCCCUGACGUGUACUACUGACCUCCACCUCUGCAGCCAGAAGCAGAAGAUGGUUUAAAGAACUGAACUAGAGAAAAAAUGAUUGAGAGAGAAAAAAAAACGAAUAAAUAAAAAUAAAUAAAAAACUGAACAA